AUGCGACUAUUGCACUCACGAGCCCAUCGCCCCCAUACGCCUAUCAAUUCUCUCGGCCCUUUCACUUCGGCUUCGCCUUUUGUCCGCUCGUUCGCAUCGCGUCUUUUGUCACGCGUGCUCGCUCCUACGCCCCUCGCGUGCUCGUUUGGUGCAUGUUGCCCCACACGCCGUGCCAUUCACACAUUCACCUCCCCCAGCCUUCUCGCGACAUGUGCCCUCUCGUUCCACCCAUAUGCCCCACAUGCCCCACACGCCCGCAUGCCCCGCAUGCCCCGCCGCAUACCCCGCUUUCCCCGCAUACCCCGCAUACCCCGCACGCCCGCAUGCCCCGCAUGCCCCACGCGCAGCACUCCCAAUCCCCUCAAGCGUGUCCGUCGCCGCAUCAGGCCGCACGAGCCUCUCGCGAGCACGGACGGCAAGGGGCGGAGAGACGCAGGUGGGCGCGAGCGGGUGCGCGCGGACGUGCGGGGAGGGCGGGGCGUGGUCGGUGAGGGAGGCGGCGGCGGGGCAGCAGCGCACCACUUUUUGAGGAUUCUCAAGCGCGUGUGGGGCGGGCAGGCAGGGCAGCAGAGCAGGUUGGGUUGUGAGUGGAGUGGAGCGCGGCACUUUUGGGGAUUUUCACGAGCGCGUGGGAGGGGCAGGGCAGAGCAGCAGAGCAUCGGCAUGGCGGAGGCGGCGGACUACAUCGUGCCGGCCAUCGCCAUCACGGCCGCCACGGCGCUCACCUUCAUCGCCGUUAGCUUCAACGAGCUGCGCGAGCCAAUGGAUGAAGGGGUGUAG